CACUUCCCAAUAAGACUAAUAGGAAAAAAGAAAAGAAAAAAGAGGUGCAGGAUUUGUACGGGAUUUAGCUUUACAUGCAUAAAACGAUAGAUGCCACAAUAAUGAUGAGAGAGAGAGAGAGAGAGAGAGAGAGAGGGGAUGAGAGAGGGUUUUCUUGUCUAGUAGCAAGUGUGGUGUGCGAAUGUUGGAAGCAUGGAAGCAAAGCAGAGGCCGAGAAUGGCGGCAACACACUAAACUAUAUAUCUUAAAUCCCAUGCACUGCACACCCAACUAUAAACCACAAAGAUAGUAAUAAGAGGAGAGAGAAAGUGAGGAGAGAGAGAGAGAAGAUAAAUAAGCAUCAAGCAUAAAGCUUUCUUGCUGCAGCAGAGAGAAGAAGCAGAAGCAGAAGCAGAAAUCAAAAAGUUGGGUCUGCAGAUUGAUAGAUGGAAAGGAAGUUUGCCAAAUAAGGAAAAGUCUUUGUGAAGAAAGAAAGCAAGAAAGAAGAAAGAUUUUGGGUUUUGGCGUCUCACACAAGGAAGAAGAAGAUGAUGAUGGUCCAUCAUGAUAAUCACCGCCGUCCAUUUCCACCAUCAGACACAACACCUGCUCCUGAUGCUGGUGGUCCCACAUGUAACAGGCCUCCUCCUACAUACGACGAUGUCGUUGCAGCUAGUACUGGUACUGGUUCUUCGAGUGGCGGUGGUGCAGUUUUAAGAAACUUGCAGCCUUUUGACAUUCGAACACACACUUGUUCUGCAGGAGGGAUGACGACGUCGUUUGGAUUUCCUUUCACAAAUGCACAGUGGAAGGAGCUUGAGAGACAAGCUAUGAUAUACAAAUACAUGGUGGCUUCUCUCCCUGUUCCCCGUGAUCUCCUCUUUCCCCUCACUACAACUCCCCCUGGAACAACAGCUGCUUCCCAAUCUCCCUCGGGAGGUACGUUCAAUCUCCGGCUAUCGAACAGCACAGAUCCGGAGCCGGGGCGGUGCAAGAGAACAGACGGGAAAAAAUGGCGGUGCUCGAGAGACGUAGCGCCGGACCAGAAGUACUGCGAGCGUCACAUGCACAGAGGCCGACCCCGUUCAAGAAAGCAUGUGGAAGUUCAUGCCACCGCCGCAAGCAAGAGGGUUCGCCACGACAUCAAUCUUGCUCCUCCUCUUCCGACAGUAUCUCAGGAAACCGUGUCGAUUUCGAACCCUGGAAAUAGAAUCAACAAAAAUGUCUGCUCAUCUCGGUUUAUGGGAUCUAAUCUUCAUCCGUACGGUCCGUCUCCAGUGUUUCCCGAGAGGGAUGGUGCAAAGUUUGCAUCUUUCGAAUCUAUGAACUCUGCUUCAGCAAACAGAGAACCCAGGAACUUGGACUGGCUGAUGAUGAAAGGAGAACCUGUAUCUGAUGCACAAUGGCACCAACUGAUGCAUAGCAAAACAGAGCUGAGCACCAAGAUCCCGUAUUUCGACCCGAAUUCCUCUGUUUUCAGCAAUCGUUCCGAAGAGGAGUCUUUCUUGAAUCUGAAUUCGUAUGCGAAUUUCAACGCCGGAGAGGAUCAGCAAGACUGCGGCGAGUGCAAUUUGUUUCUCAAUCCGGAUGUGGCUCCUUUAGAAAGUCCCCUGCUUGAAGAAACCCCAAGAUAUUUCAUUGAUGCAUGGUCUAAAGCAGUGAUGGAUGAAGCCAACCCUGUUAACAACAAUGACAACAGCUCAGCUCCGUCGAGCGGGCAGCUCUCCCCUUCUUCGCUUACCCUAUCGAUGGGCGGGUACAACACCAUCAGUGAGGAAAUGGGUCAGACUCAGAUGAGCUUAGGAACCAGUGGAAAUGGGAUGAUGCCGAGGGUUUCGACGUGGCCUGCUUCAGCACCUGGCGGCCCAUUGGCUGAGGUCCUUAAACCGACCACUAGCGCGGCCUCAAAUCCUUCGUCUCCGGUCACAACCGGUACUACUACUAAUGGAGAAUUGGGCAGUCCAUUGGCGGUGUCACCGCCGUCGGGAGUUCUUCAGAAAAAGUUUGUUUCACCGUCUGAUAGCAGUGGUAAUAGCAGCCCAACCCUUGCAAGUUCAAGGGCCAAGCCAGAGAUUGUCUCUCUGUGGUUGAAUCAGAGCAAAGCAUAAUCCAUUUGCCUUUUCAAAUUAGUCUAGUAGUUGUGUUUGGAUUAGUUUUGUUGUGAUUCUCCAAGUGGAUUUGUUUUGGGAGAAAGUUUCUCUUAUUAUUCUAAACCUUUUUGUUGUUUUCUAUAGUUUUGUUGCAUGUACUAGCCUAUCAGUCUCAGGACAAUUCUACUGAAGUUUCUCUCAAAAUCCAUCCAAGAUCUCUGUCGGGAAUAAUAUCUACUUUUGACUUGUUUAUGUGAGAUUCUUCUACUAA